UAACAGAGACAAUCACAAAGUAAUCAGCAAUUCAAAGUUUUGAGUGUUUGAAUUUCAAAAAGGUUGCACCAGCUGGCAAAUGUAAAAUACUAGAAGAACAAGAAGCUGGAUGAGCUGCUGUUGAUCGGAAAGGGCAGAACUGAUGGACUGUGUGGAUAUAAAUAUGUUCGAAAGCGUCUGUUCUUCCUACUACAAGAAUCAUGAAUAAACUGGCAGAUCAGCAGGACCACAUGAUACCAUGAAGAGAAGCUUACAGGUCCUCUAUUGGCAACUGUUUAGUGUUCUGCUGAUCUUGGCACUGACAGAAGAGCUGGUGUUUUCCGUUCAGGCCCUGUCUCCCGCUGCCUCCUCCUCCUCUCAGGGCUUCCUGAUGGACACUCCCGCCGUCACAGCCAUGGGCACGCCGCCGCCUCGCCGYGAGGAGCACCGCGCCGCGCAGCCCGCUCCGACGGCGGCGGCUCGCGCACUUCCCCGCUCCGCCAGCCCCGCGGAGCCGGCGGCGCCGGGCGCCGGGCGCAGGCAAGCGGGCAGCCGCCGCGCCGGCGAGAGGGAGAGGCACCGUUUGUACAACCAGAGCGCUUUGUACUCAGGACAGACUCGCCCCAGGGGGAAACUCACCCAGGAUUCCCAAGGGAACUUCACAGAGCCGUCAGAGCCUUACCUGGAGGCGGCCCUGCACUCCCCCUUCCCCAGCCUGAGCGGCCCGUUCACAGAGCACCCGUAUCCCGCCCCGAGCGCCACUUCCAGCGCUCCCACCGGCACGGGGCCGGCAAGAACUACGCGCCCGGCCCCUCCUGCCCACAGCAGCCCCUCGGGAGGCCGGAGGAGCGUGGAGCGCGGGGACGGCACGGAGCCGCUCGGGCGGGAAGCGGCUCUUGCCACUGCCGCUGCCAGGCCGGCAGCCGAUGCCGGAGCGGCGACGGUGCCUUUCGGCCACCCCCACUAUGACCUGUGGGAUCUGCUGAGCAAAAACAGCUCCUGGGUAACCUUGAACCUCAGUACGAAUGUCCCCUUGUUUGCCGGCCCUGGAACUGCGACGGCGGCAGCAGGUCACRCCGUUCAGACCGGUUUCGAUGUCUCCUCUGCGACAGUGGGUGACCCCAGGGGAGCUGCUCCCACGGGGCCGGACACCACCGUGUUGGGCAGCGCUGUCCCCACGGCGCCCGCCACGGCCUUCUCCAGCUCCGUGUCCACCGCUGGCUCCACUGCAACCGGCAACUUCCUAAACAGACUGGUUCCCGCCGGGACCUGGAAACCUGGCGUGCAGGGAAACAUCUCCCACGUCACUGAGGGGGACAAGCCCCAGCACAGAGCAACCAUCUGCCUCAGCAAGAUGGACAUUGCCUGGAUCAUCCUGGCUAUCAGCGUACCUAUAUCCUCAUGUUCAGUUCUGCUGACAGUCUGCUGCAUGAGGAGGAAGAAAAAGACAUCCAACCCCGAAAACAAUUUGAGCUAUUGGAAUAACGCUAUCACCAUGGACUACUUCAACAGGCACGCUGUCGAGCUGCCGCGAGAGAUCCAGUCCCUGGAGACGUCAGAGGACCACCUCUCGGAGCCGCGCUCCCCGGCCAACGGCGACUACCGAGACAGCGGCAUGGUCCUCGUGAACCCCUUCUGUCAAGAAACGCUCUUUGUAGGACGUGAGCAAGUGUCUGAAAUAUGACCCCAUAGCUGCCCCUGUAUUGCAGUUUCCUCUCGACUCUCUCCAAAUUAUAAAUAAAUAUAUAUAUUAUAAAUAUAGCCUUUGUGUAACCCUGAACUAUGAGAAAUGUUUUCAGCUUUUCUUUUCCCCCCCCCUCAGAAUUGUCAACCUCUUUUUUAUAAGUGUGGUAAAACUUUACAGAACAAACUGUGGCUUUAUAAAAUAAAGGUAUUUCUAAGCAAA